CCGCCUGCGGGCUCCGGGCGCCAUGGGUCGUGGUCUUGCGCCGCUGCUCCCGACCUUCCUGUUGCUUCUCCGCAGCCUGGACCCUGCACUCUGCGAUACACCUGCUAAUUGCACCUUAUCGGACCUGCUGGGCACAUGGAUCUUCUCGGUGGCCCCCUCCGAGCCGCAUCGUUAUGACAACUGCUCAGAAAUGGGAACACCAGUAAAAAAAGUUGUGAUGCACUUUGACAAAAUUAAAACAGCAUAUGAUGAGCAUGGCAAUUUGGGCCAUUACACCAUGAUUUAUAAUCAAGGUUUUGAGCUUAUAUUGAAUGACUACAAGUGGUUUGCCUUUUUUAAGUAUAAAGAAGACGGCAAAAAUGUCACUAGUUACUGCAACGAGACAAUGCCUGGGUGGGUGCAUGAUGUGCUAGGCCGGAACUGGGCUUGUUUCACUGGAAAAAAGGUGGGAGCUGCCUUGGAGAAAGUGAAUGUGAACAUGGUACAUUCUCCGACUCUCCAGAAAGAGGAAAACUAUUCUAACAGGUUUUACAAAUAUAACCACAAAUUUGUGAAAACUAUCAAUGCCGUUCAGAAGUCCUGGACUGCAACCGUAUACAAAGAAUAUGAGAAGCUUACACUGAGACAGAUGAUGCAGAGAGCUGGUGGUUACCGUCAUAGUAUCCCAAGGCCCAAACCUGCACCAUUGACUGCUGAAAUGCAUGCAGAGAGUUUAAAAUUGCCAGAAUUCUGGGACUGGAGAGAUGUUAAUGGCGUUAAUUAUGUUUCCUCAGUUCGAAACCAAGGUUCUUGUGGUAGCUGCUAUGCAUUUGCGUCUAUGGCCAUGCUAGAAUCUAGAAUUCGCAUACUUACCAAUAAUUCUCAGACCCCAGUCUUGAGUCCUCAGGAAAUUGUUUCUUGCAGCCCAUAUGCUCAAGGCUGUGAUGGUGGCUUUCCAUACCUCAUUGCAGGAAAGCAUGCCCAAGAUUUUGGGGUGGUGGAAGAAGAUUGUUUCCCAUAUAGAGGUUUUGAUUCUCCAUGCGAAAUGAAGGCAAAGUGCAACCGAUACUACACAUCUGAUUACAGCUAUGUUGGAGGUUUCUAUGGGGGCAGCAAUGAAGCUUUAAUGAAGAAAGAGUUGGUCCAUAAUGGGCCCCUGGCAGUUUCUCUGGAAGUUUAUGAAGACUUCCUCCACUACCAAAAUGGAGUCUAUCACUACACCGGGCUUAGAGACCCUUUCAAUCCCUUUGAGUUGACUAAUCAUGCUGUUCUGCUGAUAGGCUAUGGCACUGAAAAAAAAUCCGGGAUCAAGUACUGGAUUGGUAAAAACAGCUGGGGCAAGAAUUGGGGUGAGAAUGGUUUCUUCCGGAUCCGAAGAGGAAAUGAUGAGUGUGCUAUUGAAAGCAUAGCAAUGGAAGCUACGCCAAUUUCUAAGUUGUUGAACAUACCUUCAAUCAAAACACCCUGAAUAAGGGAAGGGGGUUGAUUUCUUCACACACCACCAGAGACACAGCAGCAGAUUCUGAAGAAUGCCUAUAGAUUCUGAU